CUGAUGGAUGGUGAUGGUUAUAUCAUUGUUUCUGAUCGCCAAAAGGGUCUAAUCCGAGCUGUGGAGCUAGAGCUGCCAAAGGCUGAACAUAGAAUGUGUGUCAGACACAUCUAUGGAAACUUGAAGAAAAACCAUGGCAAAGAUAAAGAGAUGAAGAUGUAUGUUUGGGAUUUGGCAUGGAGCUACAAUGAGAGUGCUUAUGAAGCAAACCUGACAAGACUUUACAACUAUAAUGUGGCUGUCUGGCGUGAUGUUGUCAAGUCAAAACCAAGAACUUGGUGUAGGGCGUUUUACAAGCAAGGAAACUUCUGUGAAGAUGUUGAGAAUAACUCAACUGAGUCAUUCAACAACUCAAUUGUGAAAGCUAGGGACAAACCGUUUGUGCCAAUGCUUGAGACCAUCAGGAGACUUGCAAUGGUCAGGAUUGCCACAAGAGCUGCUGAAUCUCAUGAGCACAAAGGGAGAUGCACACCAUAUGUUAGUAAGUUUCUUGCCAAAGAAUUUGAGAAAGCUUCAGAGAUGACUAUAAGAAGAAGCACUAAUGACAUGUAUGAAGCUACCAGAGGAUUAGAUACUCAUAGAAUAAGCUUGACUGAGAGGACAUGCACUUACGGCAUAUUUCCACAGAGAGGACCAGCUUAUUGGCCUUCAACAGAGCACCCUAAUGUGCAUGUACCACCACCACCACCGCAGCCUGGGAGAAAGAAAGGAAAGGAGAGUAAGAAGGAUAAGAAGAGGAAAAAGGGAAAGUAUGAAUCUCCUACCAAGAAGGCACCAAAACAGAUGAAAAGGGUAAUGCACUGUGGUGUUUGUGGUGCAGCUGGCCACAACUCAAGGUUUCACAGGAAGAAGUCUUCUGCACAGACCUUUGAAGGAGUGUCUGCAGCAGUCCCUGCCAUUCAAGGCACUCAAGGCAGUCAACUGGAAUCGUCUCAAGGAGUUGUGAUGUCUCAAGGAUGA